AUGCGGCGGGGAGGGGGGCUCGUGGCUGCGGCUGGGCGCCUCUGCUUGGCGGCCCGGGCGGAUCGCGGCCGAGGUGGAUCCAGCCCGCCCGGAUCCCGGAGCUGCCAGAGCCGGCACAGCCUGAGUGUCCAGAGCCAGCACAGCUGGAUCCCAGCCCAGCCUGGUCUGGCACAGCCGGAUCCCAGCCGCGGAUCCCGGAGCAUCCCGAUUCGGCACAGCCGGAUCCCGGUCCACCCUGAGUGGCCAGAUCCAGCCCAGCUGGAUUCCAGCAUGCCUCGGUCCAGCCCCUUUGGAUCUCGCACAUCUGGAUCCAGCUCCUCUGGAUCGCAGCCCGCCCGGAUCCCAGCCCACCUGGCUUCCGGUGCAUCUGGAUCCCAGCCCAUCCGGAUCAUUCCCCUCCAGAUCCAGCAAGCCUGGAUCCUGAUACCCUCGCAGGCCCCUCCUGCCUCUCUCUCUUUCUCUGGGUCUCUGAGCGGGGCCAGGGCCAGACUAGAUGCCCUCUCUUUGUCCCCAGCCCCCCCCCCCAGUCCUCACACUGACCCCCCCCCCCCCCCCCCCCCCCCUCAGCUCUCCGCCGGCCACCCCGUCUACGAGACCUACUACAAGCAGGUGGACCCCUCCUGCUCCGGCCGGAUCGGGGCCAGCGAUGCCGCCCUCUUCCUCAAGAAGUCCGGCCUGGCCGAUCCCGUGCUGGGGAAGAUCUGGGAUUUGGCUGAUCCGGAGGGCAAGGGGUUCCUGGACAAGCAGGGCUUCUUCCUCGCGCUCCGUCUCGUCGCCUGCGCCCAGAGCGGCCACGAGGUGGGACUCGGCGGCCUCGGCCUGACGUUGCCUCCCCCCAAAUUCCACGACAGCACCAGUCCCUCCCUGGCCUCGUCCUCGGAUGCCCACUGGGCCGUCAGGGUGAGUUUCCCGGGAAUCCCGGCGCUCCGGACGCCCCUCCCCACGCUCCCCACGCGGAUGAAACCCCGAUUUCCGUGGCUUUUUUCUCGGAACGCCGGAUCUCUCCUGUCCGUGCUUUUUUCUGCUCCCCCUUGGCUCAAAUAUCGAUUUUUACGGGAUUUUUUCUCGGAAUGCCGGAUUUAUCUCGGAUCCGCUGCUUCCUGCCAUGGCUUAAAUAUCGAUUUUUACGGGAUUUUUUCUCGGAAUGCUGGAUUUAUCUUAUAUCUGCUUCUUCCUGCCACGGCUUAAAUAUCGAUUUUUACG